AGCAGGAGGCAAUGUAAGCAGUGAUGGAAUGAAGGAUUGUAAUUGUGUCUGGAGACAUGGAUGGACUGUUCCCCUCCCUCUAUCUCCAUUCUGUAUGAUAUUUGUAUUGAUUUUAUCAAUAGGCAGGAUGUGGCUUUCUUUGAUGAUCAGAAGACAGGACUCUUAGUAAACCGGCUAACGUCAGACGUUCAGGAAUUCAAGUCCUCUUUUAAACAGGUCAUUUCCCAGGUGAGUGAAUGCAGAGUACCCACCUUUACUCCACCGUCACAUUUCUCACCCAGAAACACCAUCCCUAGUUUGAUGUUGUGAGGGAAGGACCGUCUGCACGUAACAGGGAAGGUAGAGGUUGGAUAAUUCAUUGCUGUCACUUUUCUUCCUGGUUUUGUAUACAAUCCCAUGUCGAUUAUUUUCCAGUGUUUACAGACCUGUUCUAUGUUGUGCAUCUACAUGUGUUAUGUGCUAUAAUACUCAUUCCAGCUGCCCUGUGCUUUAAUAUUCCAUUUUACCUCCAUGGUAUAGGGUCUCAGAAACUUCACACAGACUGUUGGCUGCUUUGUGUCCCUGUACUAUAUCUCUCCAAAACUGACAGGAACGCUGAUUGUGGUGAUGCCAAUCCUGGUGGGAGUUGGAGCUAUAAUAGGUUCCUUUCUACGUACACUGUCACGCCGUGCCCAGGAGCAGGUGAGAACCAUUCAAAUGAGUAAGAGCCAUUAAUCCUUUAUUUCCUACACUAUUAUCUGUCUGCCGUUAGCUCUCUGUCUCUGCUCUCCGCCUGCCGCCAGCUCUCUGUCUCUGUUCACCGCAUUGGGCGAAUCUGGGAUACAGCCACAUGGCAAUAAAAAAUAUUAAUUAGUUAAAAAAGCACCUGCUGCUCUCUCCACAUUGCUGCUCUAGACCCAGGCCUAGUUUAUAAGAAGUUGCUGGACCUCAUGAAUAAAUCAAGUGAAUUUUCACAUAUAUGAUGGGUAAUUCUAGUGAUUGUGAUUUACGUAAAUCUUAUUCUGCCCGGUUAUAUAAACUAACAAUUCCUACAAUUCGUAUCUCCUUUCACCAUGACUCUCGUCUCCUUUUCUUGUCAUAUUGAUCUCUGGUUAAUGUCUUCCAUGAACAUAGGUUGCAAAAGCCACAGGUAUGGCAGAUGAAGCCCUGGGGAACGUAAGAACUGUGAAAGCUUUCUCCAUGGAAAAAAGAGAGGUGGAGU